CUCCCUUUGUUCACACACGCACAUGCUAAGAGGAACCAAAGCAGAUCCAUCACUCACAACACCAAUUCAUUUUCUUCUUUCAAAUUUCAGUACGUAGAGCAAGUGUUGCUUGUUCCAUUCCAUUUCAACAACAAAUCAAGAGAGCCCAUUAAGGCUCUGGGAUAUGUUCUAUUCUCCAUUCGUGCUUUUGAUUUUCGGCGGCGAAAAGGUUCAAGAAAUCCAGUGGGAGAAGGAGCGAUAAUUCCCACAAACCAUACACAUAAUUUGAUAUUCCUACCUUUUCAGAUCCUUCCAUUAUCUAUCUCUUAGGAGCUUCCAAUUUCAAUUCAACCGCUUCUGAUUUUUCCCACACGCAAUGAGAAACGUGGAAAUGGCGACGAAAGUUAUGAAGGAAACAAAAUCUAUGUCGGCGGCGGAGGCGGCGGCGACGGAGGUGGACACGGCGGUGUCGUCGGUGAAAUGCUGCUGCUGCGGGUUGGUGGAGGAGUGCACGCACGCGUACAUUGCGCGCGUGAGGGAAAGAUACGAGGGUCGUUGGGUUUGCGGGUUGUGUGCUGAGGCGGUGAAGGAAGAGAGGGAGAGAGAGAAGAUUGUGAUUUCAAUGGAUGAAGCGCUUAAACGACACAUAAAGUUCUAUCAACAGUUUAAGUCUUCUAAUCCUCCCAACAACACCAACGAUGAUUUCAUCCUCGUUAUGAAGCAGAUCUUGUUUCGUACUUUGGAUUCUCCUAGGAAGGAAAGGUUCACUUGUCGACCACUUGGUAGAUCUAAUAGCUGCUUCUCCACCAUGCAAGGAACUCCUACACAGGCUGAUACUGAGUGAUCCAUUGGGUAUUAAUUAUUUCAGUGCAAACAAAUUUGAGAUGCGUCAAUUAAUAAUUGAUAAUAAUAUUAUCAACUUUCUUAC